ACUGGUGGCGCCAUAGAUAAAAGAUUUCCGGAUUAUCGUGGUCAUUCAUCUCAUUCAUUUGCAUCGCAAUAAAUCACAUUCUGCACGUGCUGAAUUCGCCCAACAAAGAGAAUCAACACCUGCUUCUACAAAGUGGUCACUCUGCUCGUUCACUUACAUCGCAUCGCAUUUCGCACAAUAAAGUGAAUCAACGCCUGCUUCUACGAAGACAUGGAGGAAAACAAUCAACCUGGCGAUGAAAAAAACCAUCAGCCUGGGAGAGAAGCGAUAAACAGAGAACCUUUAGCCAAUUUGUUGAAUUUUGAUGGUUAUUACUAUUUACAGAACGGCAGAAAAUGUGGAAAUAGAUAUCUUUACUGCAAGUUUCAUCGAUCAAGAAGUUGUCCAGGAAGAGGAAUUAUCAAACAGAACGGACUUUUUGAAUUAUCAGUUCAACACUCGCAUGCACCAGGUUUAUUUUGGGAAAGAGUAACUUCCAGCAGAAGAGAACCAUAUCUACAUGAAGGUGCUGAAAGGGACUUACCGUUUAGAGUCGCAAAUAGACCAAUGAUAAGAUGGCGUAACAGAAAUAUACCAAGGGACACCCCAACUGAUUUAAAUAGUUUCCAUGAGAUACUCUCUAAUGAAAGAUGGCAAAAUUUGCGAAACUAUAAUGGAGGAUCACUCGAAUAUUAUUUACUAUCUGAUGAUGACAGUACGUCCAUCUUAAUCAUGGACUUAACUUUUGCGAAAUCCUUACUUGAACGUGGAACAUUUCUUAUUCACGCUUCGAGUACUGCAACUCCUUCCUCGGUUUGGUGCCAACAACUAAUGUCAAUUGUAUGCGUUAGAGAUAAUUCUUUGAUUCCCUGUGCAUGGGUACUCAUGAACACUGUUAGCAUCGAGGCUUACACAUCUGUCUUCAAUAAAAUUCUAAAUCUUGUUCCCGAAUUCAAAAUCACAUCGGUACUUACAUCUUACUCCAACUUCUUGAAAAGAAGUAUUCAACUAUUAUUUCCUGCAGCUGUCAUUUCUGGAAGUUUACAUCACUAUCAGGAGGGAAUUUUUAACCUGAUUGUUAAACAUGGUUUGCAUAAUUAUCUACUCAACGAAAAUGUAGAUAGAGAAAUCACCCAAUUUUUGCAUUUUACACUUACAUUGCCUCUUUUGCCAAGCAACACGAUUGAGGAAGCAUUUCAAGGAACGGUUGAAACCCUUAGUGCAAAUGCUUACACGGUAUUACAAUUGUUUUUUAUAAACUAUGACCAAGUUUGGUUAAGAGAAGUAGGAGCAAAUCAUUUCUGCGUUCACAGAAAUUUUGAACGUUGCACUAAUGUAUUUGAGAAAUACAAUAUCAUUUUAUCGACAAUAAUUGGUACUCACCCUGACGUCUGGAAAUUCCCAGAGAGAAUUGCAUCACUCCAAGCGCGAUCAUUUCGAGACAACGAAAAAAUUGACGAACACAGAGCCACUGUAGUUAUUCUGAAAUUGAAUAAUCGUCGAAUAAACAUUAAAAUCCGAGAUGCGUGGGAUGAUUUGGAAUUAGGAUUAAUAACAAGAAAUGAAUUUAUUUUCCAGUGUAAUAGUUUCAUCACAGAAUCGAGUAUUAAAUAUUUAUGCAUCAAUGUACUUGGAGUUGACUUGGAUAACAGGAUUGAUGACCAGAAUGACAAUCCAGGGCACACAUCUAGUCUUUUCACUUACUCCAGGGGACAGCGACAACCUGUUAAAGAAAAUUUUGGAGGAACCCUGGAGAAUCGGGACUUUUCUCAACCUCGCAUGCGCAAUGAAUUUUCACAGAGAAUCAAUUUCUUGAAUAUAUUAAAAUUAUAUAUUCCUAAUGACAAAAACUACACACGGUUCAUGUAGCAAAAUGCUUUUAAUUAUUACACAAGU